AUGAGGAUUUGGCUCCUCCUAUGGCUGGUCUUAAUACUCGUGCAUGCCAACCCCUUCAGUAUAGGCACGGUUUUGGUCUCGGGCCAGUGUCUUAGCGAUCAGAAAUCGCUGCUGCUGGAAUUACACAAUAGCCUCAAAUUCAAUGCUUCUUUGUCCUCUAAAUUGAUCAAAUGGAAUCAGAGCAAUGAUUCUUGGGAUGGCGUGACCUGCGAAGGUGGCCAAGUCACGGGUCUUGAUCUGAGCAACGAGAGUAUCACUAGUGGGCUAAAUGACUCAUCGAGUCUUUUCAGACUCAAUUAUCUUCAGAGGCUGAAUUUGGCUUACAACAGCUUUCAGUCUUUGGAGAUUCCAUCUGGGUUCGGUAAUCUCACCAAUUUGGUCUACCUGAAUCUUUCAAAUGCCGGGUUCACAGGACAGGUUCCGAUUGGAAUAUCACGUUUGACGAGGUUGGUUACUCUUGAUAUAUCCCUGCUUUAUUUUCCUGGGCUAGCUUCAUUGAAGCUCGAGAAUCCAAAUCUAAAGAUGCUUGUUGGGAAUCUUAGCGAGCUGAGAGAGUUGCACCUUGACGGAGUGAACGUGUCUGCUACAGGCAAUGAAUUGUGCAAUUCCUUGUCUUCGUCAUUGCCGAAACUUCAAGUGUUGAGCAUGAUAUAUUGUUCUUUAUCAGGUCCCAUUGAGUCUUGCUCUUCCCUUGUGAAUCUUCGUUUUCUCUCGGUGAUUAAACUGAGCAGCAAUAAUUUGUCUACCACAGUCCCGGAGUUCUUUGCCCACUUCUACAAUUUAACUUCUCUGCAUCUCAGUAAUUGUGGCCUGCAGGGAGAAUUUCCUCAAAAAAUCUUCCAGGUACAAACACUUCAGACCCUUGACCUAUCAUUCAACCGCCUUCUUCAGGGUUAUUUGCCAGAAUUUCCGGAGAAUGGUUCUUUUCAGACACUAUCUCUUAGUUUCACUAAUAUUUCUGGGAGGCUCCCAGAUUCAAUUGGUAAUCUCAGAAAUCUGUCAACUAUAGAAUUGGAGAAUUGCAGUUUCACGGGACCCAUCCCUAGCUCGAUUGCAAAACUUUCUCUACUGGCUUUUCUGGACUUCUCAUUUAAUCAAUUUUCUGGACCUGUUCCGCCAUUUGGCAUAUCCAAAAAUCUGGCCCGAAUAAGAUUAUCCCAUAAUGCUUUAACGGGUCAGAUCUUCUCCGUUGGCUGGGUAAACCUUCUGAAUCUUGUAAAUCUGGACCUGCAAAACAAUUUAUUGGAAGGCGACAUUCCCCCAGCUCUGUUUACACUUCCCCGACUUACGAUGAUACAGCUUUCACACAAUAGAUUUUCUGGUCAGCUUAUCAUAUAUUCGAAUGUCUCUUCGGAUCAACUGCUCAUGCUUGAUUUGGGUAGCAAUCAGUUACAAGGGUCAAUACCGGUAUCCAUAUUCAAACUGCAAGGGCUUAGGGAACUCUCACUUUCUUUUAAUAAUUUCAGUGGCUCAAUGAAUAUUGAUGCGCUUCAGGGAUUUGGAAAUUUAACUCGUCUUGAUCUUUCAUACAAUGGCUUGUCCAUCAAUGCUAUGGCGUCUGCUUCUUCUGCUGCUGCAUCCUCUUUCCCUGAUUUUAAAAGUUUAAAGUUGGCUUCCUGCCAGUUGCGAACCUUGCCUCAUUUUUUGGCUAACCAGUCCAAAUUGGUCUCCCUUGACCUCUCCCACAAUUAUAUUCACGGGGAAAUACCGAGAUGGAUAUGGACAUUGGAAGAUCUUGUGCAUCUCAAUCUUUCCUUUAAUUUCUUUAAACAUUUGGAAACACCUCUGCGCAAUAUUACUUCGGCUCUGUCUGUCGUCGACCUCCAUUCGAACAUGCUCCGAGGAAAAAUGCCACCCUUGCCGUCAUACAUCAUCUACUUGGAUUUCUCAAGUAACAACAUCAAUUCUGUUAUUCCAGAUGACAUCGGCGACUACCUAUCCGUCACGAUGUUCUUUUCCCUUUCAAAGAAUAAUAUCUAUGGGUCCAUCCCCAAGUCGAUUUGCAAAGCUGAUCAUUAUCUUGAAGUGCUCGACUUGUCGCAUAACCAUCUAAACGGAACUAUUCCUGAUUGUUUAAUGAUGGAGGCACUCAAGGUUUUGAAUCUAAGGAAUAACCAGUUGAAUGGUGAUAUUCCGCAAAGCAUCCCAGGAACAUGUGAUCUAAAGACAUUGGAUAUCAGUGAGAAUUUGUUGCAGGGGCAGAUUCCAUUGUCGUUGGCUAAUUGCACUACGUUGGAGGUUGUGAACAUCGGGGACAAUCAAAUAGAUGGGACAUUUCCAUGCCAUUUCAAGGCUAUAUCAACUCUCCGCGUCCUUGUUUUACGAUCCAACAGAUUGCAUGGGAAAAUUGGAUGCUCGAGUAGUAAUGGCACCUGGCACAUGCUUCAAAUCAUCGACCUGUCUUCAAACGAUUUCAGCGGCACACUACCUGUGAGUCUCCUUGCUUCUUGCGAGGCUAUGAAGGCCAACAGAGACUUCAAUCACCUGCAGUAUCAGUUCCUCCCACUAAGUGGGCUCAAUUAUCAAGAUACAAUGAGUGUAACCUUGAAAGGCCUGCAGUUAGAACUCGUCAAGAUUCUGACUGUUUUCACGUCGAUCGACUUCUCGGGGAAUAGAUUGGAAGGUCCAAUACCAGACACACUUGGAGAUCUGCAAGCACUUUAUUUCCUCAACCUAUCGCAUAAUGACAUCUCGGGUUCAAUUCCUCCUGUUUUAGGGAAUCUACAUCAGCUCGAAUCGUUGGACCUGUCAUGGAACUUCCUCAAUGGAACCAUACCGGAUCAGCUUGAAAAUCUUGACUUCCUCUCAUUCCUAAACCUAUCAAAGAAUCAACUCGUGGGAAGCAUCCCGGCAAGUAGACAGUUUCUCACGUUUCCCAAAAGUUCUUUUGAAGGAAACCUUGGAUUGUGUGGGUUUCUGCUCAACAAAAAUUGCUCAAUUACCACGGACGGAUUGGAAGAAGCUGGUGACGAUGGCGACAAUGAUGAUAGCGAGAAGAAGUGGUUUUACAUGGGCUUACCGCUAGGAUUUGUGGUUGGCUUCUGGGCAUUUUUUGGUCCGUUAAUGUUUAACAGAUCAUGGAGGUUUGCUUAUUAUCGAUUUUGGGAUAAAGUGCUGUUGAGACACUCACACCCAUGA